UUUUCCUUGAAUAAUUCGUGGAUUAUGAUAGAAUUAUGUAUAUAAGUAUUCUUUGGAUAGGUACACAUUAUCCUGCAAAAUUCCAACUUAAUUCAAUCAAUUCUACGUAAAGUAAUAAAUAUUUUGUAAUUUAUUGUUAGUGGGGAUGACAAAUCAGUCAUGCUUUGUAUUAUAUAUUAUUCCUCUCUUCGCUAACGUAACACAUUCAAGAGUUUCGUUUAGAGCCACGGGCGAAAUAUUCUGCCGCUGCGAAUUACAAAAUGAAACUCCUUCAUUUAUUUAUUGUUUUGCUUCUGGGAGUUGUAUGCGGAACUGCUGCUUCCCGUUGCCCGCCGAAAAACAAAGUCCAGCAUCGCACCCCAAUAUGCCGCGACGACUACGAUUGUCGCAAAAACAACCAGAUAUGCUGUCCUGAUGAUUCUAACUCGUUUUCUUGUACAUACCCGGACCCUUAUGGAAGUGGAAAGGAUAACUCCCGCCAUAAAUCUAAUGAUAAAUACAAUCCUUACAACUCUGGCUACAAGGCUUAUGGAAAAUAUGAUAAUUCGGGCUACAAGGCUUUUGGAAAACCAUUAGCACUGACUUUGGGAACCGCGUGGACGGACUGUGAGGGAGUAAAAUGCAUGCCCUAUCAGGUGUGCAAGGAAGACCGUUAUACCAAGAAGAUGAAAUGUCAACUACCUUAAUUCUAACUGCAAUACACAGUGCUUGUAGAGGAGAUAUUACUUAAAAUAUAUAGACUAGCCCCCUUAUUCAUAUACGUUAUUUAUCUAAGCUAUAUCUUUGCUAUGAUAACAAGUCUGUUUCUCAGUGUUGACGGCAUGGCAGCCUUCGCAGUGCGUAGACAUAGGGCCGUUGUGAUUGGCUAAUAUUGAGAUACAACUUGAAUCUAGUUGGCUGUCAGAAAAACAAAGCUGAACAAACAGCAAGCUGUCAGAUAAAAAAGCUGAGAAACAGACUUGUUACCACACUAAUGCUCCGUCCUUAGAUAAAUAAUGUCCUUGAAUAAGGACGUAAGAUAAAAAAAUAUAUGAGCGCAAACGGAAAGCUUUGAUAUAGACUAAAGCGUCAUUAAGACGGAGCAAUUAUUGUAAGCAAGUAUUGCUUUAAAACGUUAUCAAGUCUAAACAUGCGCAUUGGGACAAUUUUCGCCCGGGUAUACGAGACUUUUGACAAGUAUUCAGAAAACUUUUACUAGUAAUAAUUGUGAGAAUAAUUGCGUACGAUUAUGACUAGCGUCAAUUACUCCGUAUAGACGAGAUUUUAUGUUGAACGUUGAUUUUGUUUUCAAAAAAACAUAUAAUCUUGGGAGUACUUAAAUACAUAGGUAACUCAAUAAACCAAUACUCAUAACAAAAAAAUAAAAAAGAAUAAACUUACUUAAUAAGGAUAUAUUACGUAUCUGAAUGAAGAAGUUUUAUAUAACAAUAUCCAGGCAUUUGUCAUACCUAUAUUAUUGUUAAUAUUUUCUUUCGUGCAAUAUCUCGUGAAUCUAUUACUAACAUCUUAAUUAACUACAUAGUAAAGCAUAUCAUAUGAUUUUUAUUAAAGCUAUUUAACACCAA